GUGAGUAGUCGCCUUCAGUCUGGUCCACGCGGUGAGAUCGGGUGGAUCAGAGAGCAGGGCGAGCACUGUCCUACUUGGAUUAAGUGACAUUGUGUAACACUUGAACUCUGUCGCUACACACUAUUACAGAUUUUGAGAUGGCGGAUUAUCUGAUAUGCGGUGGGACCAGUUAUGUACCGGAGGAUGGCAAUACCGGCGCACAGUUGUUCGCCACAGGAGAGGGCCUCACCUACCAUGACUUCAUUAUACUUCCGGGCUUUAUUGACUUCACAGCAGAGGAAGUGGACUUGACAUCAGCAUUGUCAAAGAAGAUUAGUCUGAAGGCACCCUUAGUAUCAUCCCCAAUGGACACUGUCACAGAGUCUGAAAUGGCUAUAGCCAUGGCUCUUUGUGGUGGCAUAGGUUUCAUUCACCACAACUGUUCUCCAGAGUUUCAUGCUCAGGAAGUAAUGAAGGUUAAGAAAUACAAACACGGAUUCAUUCGAGAUCCUGUCUGCCUCACGCCACAGCAUAGGGUAUCUGAUGUAUUUGACGUAAAAAAAAAACACGGGUUUGGCGGCAUCCCAAUCACAGAGGAUGGCAAGAUGGGCACCAGAUUGCUGGGCAUUGUUACAUCUCGCGACAUAGACUUCCUAGAACCAAACUCUGACAAACUGCUUUCAGAAAUUAUGACCCCGUUCGAUGAUCUUGUCACUGCUCCAGCAGGAGUCAGCCUUGAUAAGGCAAAUGAGAUUCUUCAACGCUCUAAGAAGGGUAAAUUACCUAUAACUAAUGAGCAUGGCGAGCUGGUGGCACUGAUAGCACGCACAGAUCUUAAAAAAUCUCGAAACUUCCCAAAUGCCUCGUAUGAUGCCAAUAACCAGCUACUUGUUGGGGCAGCCAUUGGAACAAGAGACUCGGACAAACACAGACUUGAAUUACUGGUCAAUGCUGGAGUUGAUGUUGUGGUCCUAGAUUCUUCUCAAGGAAACUCAAUUUAUCAGAUUAAUUUAAUACGAUAUAUAAAAUCUACAUAUCCAGAGCUGCAGAUUAUUGGUGGAAAUGUGGUAACAGCUGCUCAGGCCAAGAAUCUAAUAGAUGCUGGUGUGGAUGGUCUGCGUGUGGGCAUGGGGUCAGGCUCCAUAUGUAUAACACAAGAAGUGAUGGCCGUGGGUAGGCCCCAAGCCACAGCAGUGUACAAGGUUGCAGAAUAUGCAAGACGAUUUGGUGUGCCUGUUGUUGCAGAUGGUGGAAUAUCAUCUGUUGGCCAUAUUAUAAAGGCUUUGGCACUUGGGGCAUCUACAGUGAUGAUGGGGUCAAUGCUAGCUGGAACUUCGGAGGCGCCUGGUGAAUAUUUCUUCAGCAAUGGUGUUCGUUUGAAGAAGUAUCGAGGCAUGGGCUCACUGGAAGCAAUGGAACGCAAAGAUACACAAGGAUCUGCAGCUGACCGCUACUUCCAUGGGGAGGGUGAUGGUAUUAAGGUAGCCCAGGGUGUGAGUGGGUCUAUAGUGGAUAAGGGUUCCAUUUUGCGCUUCCUUCCUUACCUGGUCUGUGGAAUCCAACAUGGUUGUCAAGAUAUAGGCUCAAAGUCAUGUUCCAUGCUCAGGGCCAUGCUGUAUAGUGGUGAGCUGAAAAUUGAGCGGCGGAGUGUUUCGGCUCAGAGAGAGGGCAGCGUGCAUAGUCUACACUCGUACGAGAAGAGGCUUUACUAGAAGAAAGCCAACUUGCCUAAAACAGCAUUAAUGUGACUGACGGAUUUCUAGCUGUUAUUUUGUGUUUGUGAAAGAUGUAUUUUGCUUAAAUUCUAGUAGUAUGUUCUGUGUAAAUUGCUGACUGGGUAAAACUUUGUCCUGUGGAUUUAUACCCCAUCUUGGUACUGAGUAUGUGAAAGCUAGGUGGUAUCUUUGUUGUAGAUAUGACAAGUGCCAUCUAGUGUACAUUUCAAAACGUUUCUACAUUUUAUUAAAGUGACAACUGUCCUUUCCCAAGAGUGACAAAAGUAUGUGUGUAAAUGUUGGCUCCAUUGAAUGUCUCAAUGUAUGAGGAAACCACACUAGUUACCAGAGGUUCCAUAUUUGUAUAUAGUCCUGGUGCGGUGAUAAUGCUCAGGAAGAGGUGUUUCCAUUCAACCUUGGCUGGUUUCUGCAGGUUCUUCCCUUGAGGUACCUUUAGUCUAACACCAUCUUACUAUCAGCAACCUGAGCAUUUGUCUUGGGUGCUCUUCUUGACCACAUGGCUGCAUAAUUCAACUAUUGUUAUUCCUUAUAGAAAAAGGUCCAUACACUGUAUUGCAGUGCUCAACAGUGUUAAAAAAUAUUCUGCAUGUAGCUGUCUUCUGCUAUUUUGUGAUGACUGCUAAAUCUGAGAGUAUAGAUUUUCUUGAUUUUUUUAUGUAAUAUAAAAAUGAACUUUUUUAUAUGAAACAUUUUUGGUUGUAUUGAUUGCUAAGGCUCCAGCAGGAAGUUUUUAUUUUCUACUAGUUAGCUUAACUCUGGGAAGCACUUCAUACUACUACAGUGCCAUGUAUAAUUCUAGAGCAUUAAUCCCUUUAUAUCCACCGUAGUCUUAAAACGGUGCACAAUAAUGUUUGUUUUCCAUUCCACAGCCCUAUAAAUUGCAACCCUAUAUUCCCUUGACCACCUUGAUCCCUUAUCCUUCAAGUGAUCAUAGUGGUGUAUUGUAUAAUUUUGGUUUUAUGGAAUAUACUACCGAGUUGGCAAUUUCAUUUGGGUGUAGCUCGUUUCAUAGAGAAAAGAUUGGGCUGCGCUCUUUUGUUAAUCAUUUUAAAUUUCGUAUUCUUGCUACACAUUGCCUAUCCCAUAUAAUGGAAAACAUUCAUUCAUUAUCAUUACCAUAUUUCCCAGGUUCUAAAUAUUAAAAUGCACAAACAUCACCCAUUUGUUGCAUCACUUGCACAAUAUAGCAUCUCAGAUAAUCGAGUAACAGCAGUGGUCCACACCUGCACCACCACUACCCACUUCUCUCCACCAGGUGUGUAGUAUUUCUUAUAGCUUUUAAUACACAAUACAAACAUACAUUUACUCUUUACAAACAGCUUGCACCCUCCCUCGUCCUUGCAAUGUCCUGUGUUCACACUUGGUGCUUGACUUCCUCUCACAUUUUCAGUAUCUUGAUCAAAUUCCUGGCUUUCUUUCUAUCCUUAAUUGUACUUGAAUACUCUUCACUAGUCUACUGUCAUUUAUUUAUUCAACAUGCAAACUAUCUUGUAAGAUGCUCCUCAAUGGUGUGGUUUAUCUACUUCAGCACUGCACAUUUGCCAUGUAAUUUUCAUUCCUUACUGUUUUUCAUUCAGUGCUGUCAUUUUCCAUCUGUUCAUAAUGAAUUUCUAUUAUUUUUCUGUAAAGAGGGUUUUCAUUGCACCAGCCACUGUCCUUACCUGGCCCUCCCUGCUCCCAACUUUGCAUCCGUUGCAGACAAAUGGUAAUUAGAUGAUUGAUCAUUUUAUUGUUCACCUUUAUGUAUUUCAUGCAAACACAGAAUUUACUUCUCUUCAUCGCCACCAAAAGUACUUGUCUGUUAUCUUUUCUUACAUAAAUAUAAUUUUCAGCUACUCUACAUGAACCUUUGCUAAAAGAGCUGUACCACCUGCAUAAAUCAAAUUUGACAACCCAGCUGUGAAUAUGCACAUAUGUGAAUGACAACUCAAGUGAAUAUGCUAGAUUUGUACCUUGUAUAAGCUACCUUGUCUAUGUAUACAACAACCCUGUCAACAAGGAUUUGUUGACCCCCAGACUUCUUCCUGCAUGGGAGGAGACUCCACGACAGCUGUUCAUCAGAUUACCUGGCCGCCUCUUGGGGCUCGGGUUGGGGGAGCUUCAUACUCUUCUCCGGCGCAAGGGAAUCUGUUUGGUUCUGGUGGUCAUUGUGUUCGUUUGCAGCAGCUUUUUUUUUUUUUUUUUUCUAGCAAAGACCGAGAUGGCGGGCUUCCGGAGGGGUCCAUUGGUUGUGGAGGCUUGGUUGUUAGCCUGGGGGUGCAUAAUUUAAUGUGUCCGAUGGUGGCUUUACGUCGCUACCUACAGGCCACCGAUUAAGUGAUGGACGCGCUCUGGGUGGUUCUGGUUUCCCCUGGUUCCCUGUUCCAGGGCUCGUGUCUCUUAGGUUGUCUGCAGUGUAAUUAAGGCGAGCCAGCCUGCAGUCUACCCUUGUGCCCAUGAUGUUAGGAUGUAUGCUGUUCUUUCGGCUGUUUUUCGUAAUAUGUCUUGGGUGCAGGGGUUUUGGAGGUCGUACAGGGUCCUGGCCACCAGGUAUCUCGAACGUCCUGGGCCUUCUGUGGCCUUGUGUUGCAUUGGAGAAUCCAUCGUGGCUGUCAGCCUCUACUUCGCCUUGAGACCUGCGAUGCUGCUGUCUCCCGGGUAAGUCCCUGUUUUUUACUUUUGUGGAUUGCUUCAGGGAGCUAACGGGGCUCGCCACAGAAAACCAGCAUUGAAUGUAAUGAAACUCCAUUUUCAGUGCGAGCGCCAGAGGCUCCCUGACACCCUCCCUCCGGUCGGUGGUCUUUGUCGGUCAAGAACUAGGUUGGUGGGCUACUGGCUCACCAGAACGAGCGAGAGUGCUAGUUGGAUGAAGUGUUGCUUGUUUUUCUUUCUAGGGGAGUUCUUUUGCUCUUUUUGGACGUAGGUCGCAAUUUUCACUAGAUUGUGGCGUUUUGUUUCGCCUAUCUUUCUGGGUUGCCUUCCCGGUCAAUGGCAAUUAUGACAUACUUUAAAUGUAAAGGGCUCAUAGGCCAUUGCUCCCUGCACCUCUGAGGGGACCAGGUUCUGGCUCAUGAUCCCCGGUAGGCAAAGGGACUGACUGAUGGCCCCCCCCAAACUAAUAUUGCACAUAUCAGCUUCAGGAAGCCUCUGGGGCUCACCCAGAACAUGGGGUUUCAUUUUUUUUUUUUUUUUUUUUUUUUUUUGCGCAGUAGUAUUCAGUAAUAUGUGAAUUGAGGAACUUGAUUUAGUUAAAUGUGUGGAACAUUGCUAUGUUAAAAAAUAUGGUAGUAGAUACGAAAGGAAAUGCAAAAUACAGUAGAACCAUUUAGUAGUAGACGUGCCAUAGAGAUGUGAACUUCAUCUCAUAUGUUGGAUUUCCUUCCAUUUAAAUUUAAAUACGUUUAUCGAGGUAUAACGGUAGCUCCAGCUAUUCUCGCCCAGUUCUCCUUCCAUUUGUCUUUCGCUUAACAUGUUGCAGCAAGCCCUGAAUUUCCUGUAUAUUCUCGUGCUCUUUAUUAUGUUCAUAGGUCCAACCAGCUUUCAGCUUUCAGCUCUAACAUGCAAGUGAAUACAAUGGUCACUGGACCCUAGUGAUGCUUCAUAUUUUGAGUUAUAUGUGUGUGUUUAAUUUUGAGUAAACACCUAGUUCACGGUAGCUGCUGGAUAUUUUCUCUUGGCAGUUUCUUGCUGUUUUGCCACAGGAAAUGUUUGUGCAGUGUAAACAAAUCUUGGCCUCAAUGUUUCAUCUUUCCUUUGAAGUAUCAUGGUGAGCAUCAUGCUUCCCAAAAAGCCACAUCCAACUCUUUCAAGUUUCAUACAGCACAUGUAGUUACAAUGACAUUAUUUUCCUGUACUCCGUAUCUUUAUAAGUAUCCUAAAUUAACAAAACUAAUGGUUUCCAUUUUUAACAAUUGUUUAAUCACCAGCACAAUGAUUAUUUUCUUUGGGUGGCAACUGGAGGCAUAUACCUGGAGAAAAUGGUAAAGCAAUAUAGUAAAGCAUGCAUUACAAUGCAACUUCCACUCAACAUGCCUUCAACACUUGAUAGAAUUCUUUGAAAGUAAAGAUUCUUCACCUUGCUUUUGUAUACUGUUUAGAGCGUUUUGUAGAAUGGUAAUUUUUUUUUUUGCCAUUUUCUUCCAAAAGAACCAGAUGUGGAUUAACAAUCUCUUCCUAAACCUUCUUGCUAGCUAUUUUAAUGAGGCUUUUUUUGUAUGAAGGAAAUGUUGAAUUAGUCUGUAAGUUUGAAGGAAUAUCCAUCAUCAAUUUGAAUCUAUAAUAUUACUUAUAUAUAAUUUAAUAUUUUGACUGUACUUGUGAAACUUGUUUGAUGAAUUGUUACCAUAUAUUUUUUUCACUCCUUUUGAUGUACAUCUGUUGCCGUAUACAGUAGUACAAUUCAUAGUUUUUAAUUAUUUAAUUUUUUUUUGUCGAAGGAAUUAAGUUUUAAAAAUAAUCAGACUUUUAGUUCUCAAGAUGGUAGUGGUGAAAUUAAAAAGUUGUGUGAUAAUAUUGCUGGUGUUCAUUCAGGCCAUAUGAAGUAUAAUUCAUUGUUUUUCCAAUUUGAUGUGAUUGCUCAUUGAUAAAUGUUAUUUUAUGA